AUGGACAUAGACUUGUCAGAGAAAAGAGAGCUUCCAGGGGAAGCCUCCCCGGAGGAGGACUUGGAUGCUCACAGAGCGCCGCCCCAAGAUUUGAAAGAUGUGUUCAAGCGCUAUCGUCGUGCGACAGUAUCGCCAGAGGAUCUAGCACAAGUUGAGGACUCUGCUUGUCUUAGGGAGCCCGAGUGGUCUUUACAACGACACAUAGGCCAGGACUGUUUGAAUGAAUUAUUCGAGUGUUUUCAUGGCCCCUCGGACGGGAAGCUGGUAUCAUUGUGCCCCCAAUUGAGCGAAUACCAGAACCGAAUGCAAAAUGCAUCCAUCUACCAGUCCAACGUUAUACCAGGGUUGUUUGUAAUACCGUCCUUCUUACCAACUGAUAUUCAGUUGACGCUGCUUUCUCGCUUGCUCCUCCGUGACCUCUCAAACCCAGCCCACAAGACGAAUCUUCAUCUACAUUAUGAUAUUCAGUAUCCGCCACCUGGCGAGUCUUUCUUCAUUCACCCGCGAGAGAGCAUAGUGUUCACGCCAAAGGAGCCCGAGAAACAUCCGGCUCUCAGCAUGGAGCGUGCCUUCGAGAGGAAACUUCGUUGGAUUACUCUUGGAGGGCAAUAUGACUGGACAAACAAGGUCUAUCCUGAAGAGAGCCCCCCAGAUUUUCCAGAGGAUAUUGCUCGUCUUCUUAAGGGCGUCUUUGCUGAUAUGGAGCCGCAAGCAGCAAUUGUCAAUAUAUACUCUGCAGGAGAUACACUGAGCCUGCACCGCGAUGUUAGCGAAGAGACCAAUAGAGGUCUGGUUAGUAUCAGUCUGGGAUGUGACGGUCUCUUCAUCAUUGGUCUUCGCGACAGUAACGACCCCUCAGAUCCCCGCGCCUCUCGCUAUCAUACUCUACGUUUGCGUUCUGGCGAUGCUGUCUACAUGUCAGAAAAGGCGCGAUAUGCUUGGCACGGAGUGCCGAAGAUUAUUUCCGGCACGGUGCCCAAAUUACUUGACAGUUGGCCGGGUGCUCAAUUUCCUAGCUGGCAAGACUACAGGUUCAUGCACGACAAGAGGGUCAAUCUAAAUGUCCGGCAGAUGCGUGAAAUAUCUCGUAAUUGA